UCUGCACUUGGGCGUUGGACUCCGCAUCUUAUUAGCAACGAGGGAGAUUUCUCCAUUUUGCAGGAGGCUGCCUACAGCGACGCGGCCACACUCUGGGAUUUUACCGCUACUUCUUCACCUGUUCUUAAAGAAAGACAAACAACAACAGCGUCCUGCUCGGAAGUGGACUUUGCUUUACAUUUUCUCUGUCAACUUUUUUCCCUUUGUGCGCAGCGGGAGAGAAGCGGCGGAGAAGAGCAGCGCGUUUCAACAAAGAGGCUCGUGGGUCUUUGUUCGCUGUUUUUGGGGGGGAUCGCAGUUCUCUUUGUUGGAGCGGAGGAGAAAAAAGAAAAAAGAAGCUAUGGGAGCGCAACUGUCCAAGGCACCCGGGAAGGCUGAGACCGCGGCGGAGAAGCCCGGGGAGGCUGUUGCUUCACCCGCCAAGACCAACGGACAGGAGAAUGGUCAUGUCAAAGUGAACGGGGACGCUUCUCCUGCUGCAGCCGAGAACGGCAAAGAGGAGGUGCAGGCCAACGGCAGCGCCGCCGCCGAGGAGAGCCCCAAGGAAGAGGCAGAGAAGGUGGAGGCCGAGGCUGCCCCUGCCGAGGAAAAGGCAGAGGCUGCCGAAGGAGAGAAGGCAGAGGCUGCAUCUCCUGCUCCUGCUGAGGGAGAGGUAGCAAAGGCGGAGGACAGCGCCACACCUUCUACCAGCAACGAGACCCCCAAGAAGAAGAAGAAGAGGUUCUCCUUCAAGAAGUCCUUCAAGCUAAGCGGGUUUUCAUUCAAGAAGACCAAGAAGGAGACGGGAGAUGGGGCGGAGAACACCGAGGAGGCAGCCGCUGCUGCUACUGAGGCGGCACCCACAGAGGAGGCCAAGUCUGAGGGCACAGAGGAAGCAGCUGCCAGCGAGGAGGCCAAACCUGCUGAGGCAGAGGCAGCGGCACCUGCUGUGGAGCAGGCCAAGGAGGAAGUAGAGGCCAAGCCAGAGGCAGCGGCGGCAGCAGCAGCAGCAGUGGAGGAGAAACCUGCCGAGGAGGCUAAGGAGUCCACACCUGCAGAGGAGCCAAAGGUGGAGGAGAAGCCGGCCGAGCCCAAAGUGGAAGAGGCGCCAAAAACAGAGGAGGCGGCGGCCCCGACCUCACAGGAAGCGGUGUCAGCCGAGGCUCCGGCGGCCGCAGCUGCAGAGGCUGCAGAAUAAACCUGAAGAGAAAAAGAAAAGAGAAAUUUUAAAGGAGGGGGAAAAAAGAUAAUCAAAGAACUUUUCCCUGCUUGUGUGUGGGAGCAAUGCCAGAGUCUGGCUUUUGAAGAACUUGUUGACAAGCAGGGAUAUUUUAAAGCUUUUUCUUUAUUUUAUUUUUCAAAAAUGUUUUUGGUUCCCAUUUCCCCCCUCGACACAAAACCCAUCUCAGUCCAUUGUUACUUCCAUUCCAACGGGCUCAGAAGGCGGGUGGCUUCAACACGUCCCACCAACACCAUCCACACUCUGCCACAUCUUUUUUUUCAUCAGUAUUACGGUUUUUUUUUUCAUUAUUGAAUUUUUAUACAAAAUGUAAACAAAAAGAUGGUCAUGGACAUGCCCAUUGUAUGAAGGAGGAGGGGGCGGAGCUGUAAAGAAAGGGGGGGUGGGGUGAGUUCAGGGAGGGAGGAGCCUAUAUUUUAAAAGAUGAAAUAGCGAUGAGACCAACAAAUACAUGCGGUUUUUACAAACACUACGUCAUUCAUUCCCACAACACGACGAGACGCCAGUCCCAGAUCCUUUAGCUAUUUUUUUAGGACGCCAUAUAAACUCAUAGGAGCUUUUUUUUCACUUCUCAUUAGCUGUUGCCAGUCAGUGAUUCAGUAGAAAUACGAGUUGUAUAGGCUUUUAUUGUUUAUUGUUGGUUUUACGACCUUAUUAUUGAAAAAAAAAAUGUAAGUAAUGUAUAGGCGGGGUGUUUUUAACUGUGAUUAUUGUACAAAAUGAAAUCCAGAGCUCAAGAAGCACAUGACAUUUGCAGCUCUCUCUUUUUUCUUUAUUUUUCCCCACCCGCUCAUUUUUGUAAGAUAACAACCAAGACGCAGAAAACACACACACCCAUACAAGAGAAGAAGAAAAACCCCAUCAUCAUCAUCAUCCUGGUAGACCUUAAUUCUGGACUCAACAACCAAGCUGUGAUAAGUGGAAUGGUUAACUGUUUCUUUACUGUGGUAUGUUUCUUUUUUGAUUACAGCAAACAAUGCUUUUUUCCCCGUGGUCAUCAUUUAAAGAACCUAUCAGAUGCAAAUGUUUGUGUCGCAUCUUGUCUCGCUCUCUCUCUCUUUUUCUUUUCAUUUCUUUUGUAAAUACUGGACAAGCUUUGGCCAAUUUGACUUAGAGAUGGAAUGUAACUUUGCUUACAACAACAACAACAACGACGACAAAUGCUAUUAAACUCCUCUGCUCAAGGUGUUCUAAUUUUCUGUGAGCACACUAAAAGCAAAAAAAAAUAAAUGUGAAUAAAAUUUGA